AUGGCGGAGCACGUCCAGGACGACGACUCCCCCUGGGUCGUCGUCAAGCUCGAGCCGACGUCGGACGAGGAGCGGUGCGAGGAAUACGACGAAGAGCCGGAGGGUGAGCCAGACGAGACGGACGAGGACGAGGGCGACGACGGCGACGACGCGUCGCGCGGAGUUGAGAAAGAGUCUAAUAAUUCCGACGACGACGACGACGCGCCGGACGCUCCCACGGUCGCUCCCCGCGACGUCGACGUCGACGACGACGCGGUCGCGACGCGCAGUGACCUCCCUCCCGCGGCGACCGUCGCCGCGGAGACGACGCCGACGGUCGCCGCGACGUCGACGUCGCCGGUCGAUCGCAUCACGCACAAGUGCACCGUGAAAGGAUGCGUCUCGAACAAGGCGAGGCACAAGGGGUUCGCCGCGCUCAAGUCUCUCGUCGCGCACGUGAUGAUCACGCACAGCAAAAGCGCGCAGGCGAAGGCGUACCGCGAGGAAGGGUGGGAGAAGCGACGCCGCGUGCACGAGGUGACGCUGAACAAGUCGAAGAGAGUCGAAGAGAAGGCGGGACCCCCGAGCGGCGGCGGCGGCGGCGGCGGGGAGAAGGACGAGAAGACGCCUUCGAGCGCGUCGGACGCCGAGUGGCGGGACGCCACGGCGCCCGCGGAGACGACGGACCCCGCUACCGAGACCGCGGCGCCGCAGAGAGAGAAAGAAGAAGAAGACGAAGAAGAAGAGAAGGUUGGGUACGACCCGGACGAGCUUCUCAACGAGCUCAGGGCGGCGGCGAGCGUGGACGUCGUGAAACCGCCGACGCGCGCGACGCGGCCGCUCGUGGAAGCCGUCGCGUUGAAACGCGCGUGGCGGCUGACGACGGAGGCGGCGACGGUGAAAACGGUUAAGGAUAAGCCGUUACUCAAUCCGCGGCAGCGCGCGCAGAAGCAGCGGGAAGAGAAGUUUAAGAAGAUGGAGCUGAAGCUCAUCGAGGAGAAGGACGCGAGACGUAAGGCGGAGGAGGAGGCGGAGCGGUUGCGUCGGUGCGUUCUAUACACUGGUCCCCAUACGACCGCGUUCGCGUUGUGA